AUGGCCAGCUCCAUGAAAUCGCGGUUUAGGAUCACUCUGUUGGUAACCUUAACAGCUUUGGCUCUUAUUUAUUACAUCGUGUCUCAAAAGUCUGAACUAUCCACCAAGAAUCCAGCAGGAAACCUCAGGUUUGACUAUGAAUCAUACAAGUCCUUGGAGCAGCAAGAAUACCUACUUGAACAACAGCUUGCCCAGCAACAGGCUACCGAGACACUAAGCUCGCAUGUUUUACCAUCAUUACCACCAACACAAUUAGAUGAUCCAAGUAACCCCAAGAAAUUUCUUGGUGAAGUUAAUGCAGUUCCACCACUGGAAAUUCCACCAGUAUCUUCUGGCAAAAAGGAACUACUAGGGGUUCCACCUCAAAAUCUAUUCCUCAAAACUGUCACCAAAUCUGAGCCUCCGGUACCGAAAGGUUUGACACAAACGUUGGCAAAUAAUUACAUCAAGCCAUUGAAAUUCAGAAUAUAUUCGCACAAUGUGAAGAAUGGUGGGACACAUGAUCUAAUUCCCGGAGAACUAUCCUGGGAUGAAAGAGUGAAAGACAUAACCUCGUCCAUGAAAUUUCACUCCACCGAAUCCACAAUUUUUACCUUGCAAGAACUUUACAAAUAUCAAUUGCUAGAUAUUCUUGCUCAGUUGAAUAAAUUCGACAAACAAUGGACAUUCUACGGAGUGGGGAGAGUCAAUGGGGAGGAGUUGGGAGAGCUAGUUCCAAUAAUAUACAACACAAAUCAAUGGGAAUUGUUGUAUAAUGACACAUUUUGGCUAAAUGACAAGGACCCCAGGUCUUCUUUACAGGGAUGGGAUGCAAUAUACACCAGAAUCGCAUCAGUCGUAACACUUCGUCAUAAGCAACUGAACAACAUCAUAAGUGUAUUCAAUACCCAUUUCGACCACAUUGGCAAAACUGCAAAAUCUGGCUCAUCUGAAUUAAUAUUGAAGAAAAUCAAUCAGUUGGUUGAGUGGAGUGAAAAUCAAUGGCCCAGUUUUGUCGCGGGCGAUUUCAACGCUGAGCCAAAUGAAGCUUGUAUCAAACAGAUCAAAGAAUUUAUGGUUGAUAGUGUUUCGCUAGCCUCUGUUGGAAAUAGGUUCGGACAUUUCAAAUCAACGGUAACGGGAUUUGAGGGGGAAGUUUUGCGGGACGGUGGUCAGAACAUUGAUUAUAUUUUUGCUCCAAAGUACACAAAGCGAAUUGACCAAAUAGGUGGCACAAGCGGAACUACUUCAAUUUGUGACAAAAGUAUCAAGUCAAAUAUAUUUGAAGAAAAGGCUGACUUAGCAUUGAUUCAAUUUGGAAUGUUGCAUUCCAAGUUUAACGGACGUUACAUGAGUGAUCAUCGCCCUAUAGUUGCUGAUUUCAUCAUCAAUCACAAAUGUCAAGAGUAG